UAGAAAUCUGACGUGAUAACAUGUUAUCAUUAAAAAUAACUGUACCUUUGAAUUAUUUAAGAUUACGGAAACUUUACUUUAUGCACAAGUGUAUUAAUUCAUUGCAACGAUUAAGUGUGAACUAUGUAAAUCAUUGUUUUUAUUCCCAAGAAAUUAAGGACGUGUGUAACGUAGGGACGAUUGGGCAUGUUGAUCAUGGAAAAACUACUCUUACAGCUGCUAUAACAAAAUAUUUGUCAGAUAAAUACAAAAAUUGCAAAUACAUGAGUUAUAGCGAAAUUGACAGUGCACCUCAAGAAAAAACUCGCGGUAUUACCAUUAAUAUUGCCCAUGUUACCUAUCAAACAGAAAAAAGAAGAUACGCACACGUCGAUUGCCCUGGACAUAUGGAUUUUAUUAAAAAUAUGAUUAGUGGAACAUCACAAAUGGAUGGAGCAAUUUUGAUCGUUGCAGCUGAUGAUGGUAUAAUGCCACAAACCGUGGAGCAUGUUAUAUUGGCAAAGCAAAUUGGAAUUGAAAAAAUUGUUGUUUUUAUUAACAAAGCGGAUCUUGUGGAUGAAGAAACAUUAUAUCUUGUAGAAAUUGAGAUUAUAGAGUUGUUAGAAAAAAAUGGUUUUAAUAUCACACAAAUUCCUAUAAUAAAAGGCUCGGCAUUAUUAGCCUUAAAUGAAAAUACAUCGGAAUAUGGAAUGCCCUGUAUACAAGCAUUGACCGAUGCUAUUGACAAACAUAUUCCGACACCCCAAAGGGAUUUUCAAUCUCCAUUCCUUCUCCCAAUAAGCAACUUUUUCAAUCUACCAGGACGAGGUACUAUUGCAAUUGGAACUAUUCAAAGGGGAAUUAUUAAGAAAGGAAUGGAAGCAAAACUUGUAGGAUAUGAUAGUUCUAUAAAAACUUUUGUCAAUGACAUUCAGAUUUUUAAAGAAUCAAAGUCAGAAGCAGCAGCAGGAGAAAAUGUUGGUGUUUUAUUAAGAGGAGUGAAGAUGUCAAGUAUUCGUAGAGGAAUGUGGAUUUGUGGAAAAAAUUCUGAAAAAUUCAGCAAUCACUAUGAAAGUCAAAUUUAUUUACUAGAGCCGAGUGAAGGUGGUAGACAUAAACCACUUCCACAAUUUGGUUCUUGUCUCAUGUUAUAUAGUUCAACUUGGAAUAUCUAUACUAGAUUAGAUAUUUUACUACCAGAGGGUACAAAGAUGUUAAUGCCUGGUGAACAAGCUUGUGCAAGAUUAAUAAUGCGCGAUAGAAUGCCAAUGUUAUUACAUCAGAAUUUUACAAUACGAGAUUUAAAACGGACUAUUGGAUCUGGUAAAAUAAGUAAAAUUUGCGAGCCUCUCGAGUUCAAUAAAAAGAAAAUGAACAAUAUAAAUUUGUCUCUUGCUGCUGUUUGA